AUGGAACCAGAAAACCAAACAGCAGUGUCAGAAUUCAUCCUCCUGGGACUCUCAGAAAAGCCACAGCAUCAAGACCUCCUCUUUGGGAUGCUCCUGUCCAUAUACCUGGUCACCAUCUUUGGGAACCUCCUCAUCAGCCUGGCCAUCGUCACGGACUCUCGCCUCCACAUGCCCAUGUACUUCUUCCUCUUUAACCUCUCACUUGUCGAUGUCUUUUUGUCCUCCACCACCAUCCCCAAGAUGCUAGUGAACAUCUACACCCGGAGCAGAGCCAUCCCGUUUGCAGGCUGCCUUAGCCAGAUGUAUGCCUUCCACCUGUUCGGGACCAUGGACAGCUUCCUCCUGGCUGUGAUGGCCAUCGACCGGUACGUGGCCAUUGUCCACCCGCUGCAAUACUUGGUCCUUAUGAGCUCCCGUUUCUGCGGGCUGCUGCUGGGGGUGCCGUGGGUGAUCACCAACCUCCAGUCUCUCGUCCACACCUGUCUCAUGGCUCAGCUGACCUUCUGCGCUGGUUCCGAAAUCUCCCACUUCUUCUGUGACCUCAUGCCCCUGCUGAAGCUCUCCUGCUCAGACACGUACACCAACGAGCUGAUGAUCCUUGCCUUUGGCAUCGCCAUGGAUAAGCCGCUCUGCUGCAUCCUCCUCUCUUACAUCUGCAUUUUCCGGGUUGUCUUUAAGAUUCCUUCUGCUCAGGGCAAGUGGAAAGCCUUCUCCACGUGUGGUUCACACCUCACAGUGGUGUCGCUGUUCUACGGGACCAUCUUUGCUGUGUACUUACAACCCACAUCCCCUUCCUCCCAGAAAGACAAGGCAGCUGCCCUGAUGUGUGGUGUUGUCAUCCCCAUGCUGAACCCCUUCAUCUACAGCCUAAGGAACAAGGACAUAAAGGCAGCCCUGAGGAAGCUCAUCGCCAAAGCUGCCUCCUCUAGUCCUAGGGCAGAACAGGUAUUGGGUGCCCACCAUGUUCCAGGACCACUGUUGGUCCUGUGCUCAAGGGAUCCUCCUGCCUCAGCCCCCCUGGGAUACAGCCACUAA